AUGGAUGAAAAAAUUAGAUUAUUCAUUAUAAAUUGUAUUAUUACAAAUAUUGUAAUAGGAAUAUAUUCGAAUAUAAUAAAUAACAGUACAAUUUUUCACAAUUUUAUUUUUGGUUUACUUUAUUUUGUAAUUUUACAAAUUAUUGCUAUUUUAUUAAAAUUGUAUCAAUAUAUUUGCAAUAUAAAUAUUACAAAAAAAAAUAGUUUGAAAUUUGAUGAAAAUAUUUUGAACUUUAUAUUAAACUUAAUAAUUUUUAUUAUAUUAACUGUGAUUAAACAUUAUUAUUUUGAUAAUUACAUUAAAUUAUUUGAUCCAUUAACAUUAUGGAUGUUAUUACAAAUUAUAAAUUCUAAUAAAUGGAAGAAAAAAAAUAUUCAUGAUAUUAAUUCGAUGCAAGGUUUGGAUUAUGGAACUGGAUUAGCAUACAACUAUUAUUAUGGAUAUUUAAAAGUUAUACUUCCUUCAACUGGUAAUCUUAAUAAAGGAUUAAUUGAGAAAAUAGAAAAUAUUGAAGAUAUACAUAAUAUAAAUAUAAUGGUCCAUAAAUUAUUUAUUUUGAUUCCUUCAUCAUCAUAUAUUCCACCUGAUCUUAAAGAAGCUUCAUAUCAAUGGAUGGAAAGUGCAAUGGAUUUGGAAGAUGAAGUGCGUAAUCGAGCAGGAGUAAAAAGGAGAUUGUAUCACAAUAGUAUAUAUAAAAUUUAUCCUAAUGGACAAAGAUCAAAUGUACCUCUAUACAUAGUGGUAGAAGGUGCAACACCUUUAUUAACUUUUUUUGAAGUUCAAAAACACAGUCAUUCAGAAACAAAUAUAUAUAAGAAAUAUUGUAAAGAAAUCGUACAAAAAUUUUAUAUAAAAUUACAAGAGCUAAUAGAUAAUGAUCCAGAAUGUGCAGAUCUUUGUGAAUUAAUUUAUUAUGAUGAUUAUGAUUGUAAUAAAAUUAAGAUUAAUAUUGCAAAAAUCUUAUUAGAAAGAUUAUCAAAAAUUAAAACAUAAAUAUAAAAAAUAAUACAUCUAUCAAAAUUUUAACAUAUUCCGUUAAAAACAUAAAAUAUUUUCAGUUAUUGUAAUUUGCAGAAAUAAACAACUACAUUACCAAAA